AUGACUGAGAAAGACUUGGAUGAUCCCAUAGUAACUGUUCAUCAAAGCAUAGGUGAAGCUAAAGAACAAUUCUACUAUGAGAGAACAGUGUUUCUCAGAUGUGUGGCCAAUUCCAACCCCCCUGUGCGCUACAGCUGGAGACGUGGUCAAGAAGUAUUGCUACAAGGAUCUGACAAAGGCGUGGAGAUUUAUGAGCCCUUCUUUACCCAGGGUGAAACAAAGAUCUUAAAGCUAAAAAAUCUUCGACCUCAGGACUAUGCUAACUACAGCUGCAUUGCUUCAGUGAGGAACGUGUGUAAUAUUCCAGACAAGAUGGUGUCAUUUAGACUUUCCAAUAAAACAGCAUCUCCAUCAAUUAAGCUUUUGGUGGAUGAUCCCAUAGUUGUGAAUCCUGGAGAGGCCAUAACAUUAGUGUGUGUUACAACAGGAGGAGAGCCUACGCCCUCUCUCACCUGGGUCAGAUCCUUUGGGACUCUGCCUGAAAAGAUUGUUUUGAAUGGAGGGACAUUGACCAUACCUGCCAUCACCUCAGAUGACGCCGGUACUUACAGCUGCAUUGCCAAUAAUAAUGUGGGAAACCCUGCAAAAAAGUCCACCAACAUCAUUGUGAGAGCAUUAAAAAAAGGACGAUUUUGGAUCACUCCUGAUCCUUAUCACAAAGAUGACAACAUCCAGAUUGGGCGUGAGGUGAAAAUAUCUUGCCAAGUAGAAGCUGUCCCUUCUGAGGAGUUAACAUUUAGUUGGUUUAAAAAUGGCCGCCCACUAAGAAGUUCUGAGCGGAUGGUUAUUACGCAGACAGACCCGGAUGUGUCCCCAGGAACAACAAACUUGGAUAUCAUUGAUUUAAAAUUCACGGACUUUGGAACUUACACAUGCGUGGCCUCUCUGAAGGGAGGAGGAAUAUCUGAUAUCAGUAUUGACGUUAAUAUUUCCAGCAGUACAGUUCCACCCAAUCUGACUGUUCCACAGGAAAAAUCACCUUUGGUCACCAGAGAAGGAGACACAAUAGAACUUCAGUGUCAAGUAACUGGGAAACCUAAACCCAUCAUCCUUUGGUCUAGAGCGGAUAAAGAAGUUGCAAUGCCUGAUGGGACAAUGCAAAUGGAAAGUUACGAUGGAACACUGAGGAUUGUGAAUGUGUCAAGAGAAAUGUCAGGGAUGUACCGGUGUCAAACCAGCCAGUACAAUGGAUUUAAUGUGAAGCCAAGAGAAGCCUUGGUCCAGCUCAUUGUGCAGUAUCCCCCAGCUGUGGAACCAGCAUUCUUGGAAAUCCGCCAAGGACAAGACAGAAGUGUGACCAUGAGCUGCAGGGUCUUAAGAGCUUAUCCAAUACGAGUGCUGACCUAUGAGUGGCGGCUGGGGAAUAAAUUAUUACGGACCGGUCAGUUUGACUCUCAAGAGUAUACAGAGUACCCAGUAAAAAGUCUUUCCAAUGAAAACUAUGGAGUUUAUAACUGCAGUAUCAUAAACGAAGCUGGAGCAGGGAGAUGCAGCUUUCUUGUUACAGGAAAGGCCUAUGCGCCAGAAUUCUAUUAUGACACCUACAACCCUGUGUGGCAGAACCGACACAGAGUGUAUUCCUAUAGUCUACAGUGGACACAAAUGAAUCCUGAUGCAGUGGAUCGGAUUGUCGCAUACAGGUUGGGUAUUCGGCAGGCUGGACAACAACGUUGGUGGGAACAGGAGAUUAAAAUAAAUGGGAAUAUUCAAAAGGGAGAACUAAUUACAUAUAACUUGACUGAACUAAUUAAACCAGAGGCCUAUGAAGUCCGACUAACUCCUCUCACUAAAUUUGGUGAAGGAGAUUCAACAAUUCGUGUAAUCAAAUAUACUGCACCUGUAAACCCUCAUUUGAGAGAAUUUCACUGUGGAUUUGAAGAUGGUAAUAUUUGUUUGUUCACUCAAGAUGAUACUGAUAAUUUUGACUGGACAAAACAAAGUACUGCGACAAGAAAUACAAAAUACACUCCUAACACGGGGCCCAAUGCUGAUCGCAGUGGUUCCAAAGAAGGUUUUUAUAUGUACAUUGAGACAUCUAGACCCAGACUAGAAGGCGAAAAGGCUCGACUUCUCAGCCCAGUUUUCAGCAUAGCUCCCAAAAAUCCCUAUGGGCCAACAAACACUGCAUAUUGUUUCAGUUUCUUCUACCACAUGUAUGGGCAACAUAUAGGUGUUUUAAAUGUAUAUCUACGUUUGAAAGGACAGACAACAAUAGAGAAUCCUCUAUGGUCUUCAAGUGGGAAUAAAGGACAACGAUGGAAUGAGGCUCAUGUUAAUAUAUAUCCAAUUACUUCAUUUCAGCUAAUUUUUGAAGGCAUUCGAGGUCCUGGGAUAGAAGGUGAUAUUGCCAUUGAUGACGUGUCAAUAGCUGAAGGAGAAUGUGCAAAACAAGACCUAACAACUAAGAAUUCCGUGGAUGGUGCUGUUGGGAUCUUAGUUCAUUUAUGGCUUUUUCCAGUCAUCAUCCUCAUCUCAAUCCUAAGCCCUCGAAGGUGACCUUAUCCUGGCAGAGGCUAUCCAUAAUUCACCAGGCACUGGCAUGAAGAAAGAGUCUUUGUAAAUGGACACAGAAAAAAAACAAAAACAAAAACAAAAAACAAACUACCAAAGAUUCCUCCACUGACUACUGACUCAAAAAUUAAAUAAUAAAAACAACAUUUUUUAAGCACUGGGGAUAAAAAGACAUCAUGGAAAUAUAACUUAUUCCAAACUACACUUAGAAGAUAAUCUUGGCCUGGGUACGGAAGAGACCUUCAGGUGCUUUUGUGGCUAAAAUGAUUACAGCUUCAUCUGGUUGAACUCUGGAAAAAGAAAAGAAAAAAAAAGAAAGAAAAGAAGAAAAAAAGAGCUAUAGAAAUCCUCGUCAAAGCACAAAGUCAUGGCUGGUUUUGUUUCAAAUGAAUAGUUUGCUUGUUACCAUGGAAACCUAAUGGCCUGCCAACAAAAACCUCACUGUAAACAGGGUACGUGGAGAGCUGGCAUUUAUUUUCCUUUCAAGAAGGUUUUAUGUAGAGAAUUAAAUAAAUGUAGGCCCUUUUACCUUUGGCUGUUACCCUUCAUUGAAAAUAAUCCAAACUCGGAAUUAUUUAAAGGUUUCCUAUUCCUCCCCACCUUACCCCACCCUGCUUUACUGUUGUUUGUUUUUGUUGUAACUGUUCGUUGUUUUUUUGUUUUUUGUUUGUUUGUUUGUUUUCUUUUUCUUUUCCUCCCUCCCAUGGCUAAGCUAGAUAACUGUAUGAUGUCUCUUUUUGCAUGCACUACUAUCCAGGACAGUAAACCUGGGCUUACAUAUUACACAGGCUUAUCGGAGUUUGCUUGCGGCCACUUGAACACCCAAACUACGUCAUCUGUUCCUAUGAAGAAACCAAACCACCAUCUUUUAUAAAUUGCCAUGGAAACCAAGUGCCUUCAAUGAAACAAGCCUGAAUAAUUUUCAACUCAGAAGCUUGCACUGCUAACAAUGGUUUGUGUAAAACUAUUUUGUAAACAGACGACACAGCCUACAUGUGCAAAUUCCAGGCAAGACGCCCCAGCCGCUUCUGAAAAAGAAACGACCCGCUUCUGCGUAAGCCCAUGCAGACAAGAUAUUUGUUUCACUUCCUAGACAGCCAUGGCCUUUCGGCUUAUUGUCCAUAGAAAGUACCUUCCACUGAGACCAGACAUGGGAGCAACACUUUUUUCUUCCAGGUUAUUAAAUGGGUCAACCAGAGCAAAAGGUUGUUGAGAUAAUACUUAGCGCAGAAGGUGAUAAAACACAGAAGUGAUUUUUUUUUUACUCUAACCUCGGUUUGAAAAGAAAUUGGCCCUGCCUUUAGCGAGAACAAGGAAUGUUUGAGAUUGCCGUGAGGACGAACUCUGCCGCGGAACUGGGCCUGAAAAAAUAUCUGGCUUUAUUCUAAACUCUGAGGGUAAUAUGCCUCUGCCCUUUAGUCAGACUCUGUGCAAAUUGUGAAAUAUUAUUUUAUUAUUUUAACAAGAUUAAAAAAAACACUUUUACAAAAAAACAAAAACCUGUAAAAAUGAUUUUGAGCUACCUGAGGACAAACCAUACCUUUAACCAGCCAGUUUUCCAAUGCAUUGUAAAUUUCACUUACACCUGUUGGUUAUGAAAAUUUGAAGAUCUUUUUCCUUAAAUUAUCUCAGCUUUUAACUUCAUUUAAAAAGACUUUUGUCUUAAGAAGAAUAUUAUUAUCUGUUCUUUCCACACCCCAGGAUUUAAAAAAAAUAUUGAUUAUGCAAGUAAUUGGGAUCUAAGUAUUAAAUUGCAGUAUUGCAAAUAUUAAUAUAAAAAAGCACAACAAAAUGUAGUAGAAAAUGACAAAGCUUGACUUUUUUAAAGAACUGUAGAAAAUGUUUGUGCAAAUUCAGUAAUUCAACUUAAAAUAUAAUUUUACAGCUCUGUUCAAUAAAGCCUCUUUCCAGGUAAGGUAUGAUAAGCAGUAUGUGUGUUUGUUUGGCAAUAUUCACUUACCACUAAAAUGAGAUUAGUUAUGCAAUUUACUGGUUAUGUUAUCUCGGGAUAAAUCUUCAGUGCUUCAUACACAAUUAAUGUCUGCAGGAAGAAAUUUUAAUAGAAACACCAGAUGCACUCUUCUUUAUCUGUAGUACAUGUAAAGAAUGUUGUACCUCAAUAGGUAAAAUAUGAACCAAAUGCAAGUUGAAAUUUAAUGUAAAAUUUCAUAAUCAGUUCAAAAGGGGACAUGUCAAAAAAACCUAUGAACUGACAGAAUCAAGCUAACCCACAUCCUUUAAAUUGAGAAAAAGAAACAAAUGACUAUCAUAAUUUAUUUGAAUUAGUCAUAUUCAAAAUUUGUUCAAAACUUCCAAGUCAUCCAUCUAUCCUAUCAAACCAAAGAUUUCAUGUAAGUGAUAUCUGGGGCACUCAGCAUCUGAAAAAUCUGCAUUUGCUUCUAUUUCCACUGUACUGCAACUUACCACAUCUCUUCAUGAUCCUAGAUUAGUAUUAUACAGUUUUAUUAUAUUUUAUUUUGUUAUGCCUUAUUUUUUUUGCAUUCUCUUGACCAGGACACCAAUAGGAUCUUUUGAUUUAACGAGAGGCUUGAUUUGUCAUCUUCUUUCAGUUAUCUUUAUGUUGAUUUAAGUGACACUUUUGCAAAUAAAUUGACAGGAAAGACCCCAAAAUUUAGAUUAUUUAAAAACAUAUAGGAGGUUUUUGGUUUUUUGUUUGUUUGUUUGUUUGUUUGUUUGUUUCUAAGUUAUCCCAAGCCAACAAACUGCUGUAAGUAAAAGUUUUGAUUGUAUCAUUAGGCAUUCAUCAAAUACUAAAAAUCUUUCCUAAGCUUUCACAUUCUAAGAAAACACACUUCUGAAGUUCAUGAGAACUGGCUGGUACUUCAAAAUUAAUUUUGAUUAAACUUCUAAGAGGUCACAGAUGACUGAGACAAACAGGGGGCAAUCAGAGGGGAAAGCAGACAGAGGUCUGAGAUGGUUAAAGGGAUUUCUCACAUGAGCUCUGCAUCAUCUAGACAAGCCAACAAACAGAAUCGAUGUUUUGUCUUCAGAUCAAAUGCUCAGUUGCUGUAAUUGAAAGAAAAUGGCGAAAAAUGUGGAAACUUUAAAAUGAUUUGGGUAAAGGCACUGGGAAUUUCGUGACAUCACCUUGUCUUUAAUAGAACUAAUGAUUGUGAAACCUUUAAGACAUUAUCGGUGACAUUCUCAUUCCUAACAUUGCUGUGUCUACCAGAAACGGGACUCGAUAACACCUUCUCCUUACCAUUUUGAUAGUGUGUCAGCCCUGUAAUGCAGAGAAGCCAGUUGAGCUGAUGGGUUGUUUUUUAAAUGGGGAAGCAUCUAGCAAUCAGGUUUUUGUUUUCUGGGAGAAGCAACACACCAUAUAAUCUCCAAUUAUUGACAAUAAUUGAUCCCCAUUAAUCAGGAGUAGUAUCACUUUAAACAUCAAAGAUGUUUCUUUACAUGUUAACAUUGCUACAAUUGGGCCUAUUUUGAUUACAAUUGGCAGUAUUCCCAUGUAGUGAUAUGAAGGUUCACACAGGAGCUGAGAGGACCUGAAUAUGAAUAUUCACCACAGUACUAAAGUUGACAGAAGUGCCAAACAAUGCAAAUAUGAUCUUCUUUCCUUCAAACCUAAAAGUGAGGAAAAAAAUACAACCAAAUAACAAUUACAGGAUAUAUAACUGGUAAUGGACUAUGCAGUCUUGCUUUUUUAAAAAAUCAGAGUCUUCUUAGAUGCUUUCGUUCACACCUACCCUUGCGUUUCCAUUUCCUACCUGUUUUCCUGUCAUCUGUUUUUUCAGUACAUCAUAGAUUUUAUGUAUUCCUGGUCUACUAUGAUCCCUGGUUCCAUGUGGCUUCUUGUAUCCAAUAGAUCAGGAGUUUGGUCCAUGGUUACAUUUCUUUAAGAGAACUGACAGAUGCAUAGUUACAUUGCCAGGGAGUGGACCUUGACACUAAUAGCCCUUCAUUUCACGUUUUCCACAGAACUGACUUGGUAGAGAAAUGAAUAUUAUCUGAAUUAGAACCUAGAUAGUCUGUUAUACCACGUAAUAUACA